UUUAAAAUAAAUCAAGGACACCGAAGGAAGCGUCGUCGGCAGCAAAUCAAAGCAUCGACGUCGGGAUGGCCACCGCUUACGCCUUGCACAAAGCCAUCUGGGAUGGCAACGUAGAUCAAGUAGAAGACAUCCUUCGCUUGGCAACACCUGCUGACGACAAGGCCGCCAAGGAACUGCCGCUGCUACAAGAGCGUGAUGGCCUCGGCAACACACCAUUGAUGCUCGCACUUCGAUGCGUCCAUGCGUCGCAGCUUGCCAUCGUACAGCUUUUGCUGAGUUAUGGCGCCAACACUCACACGCGCGACGCCGUGGGAUGGUCAUGCGUUCAGAACGCCACGUUGUGUGACAACGACGACGUCCUCACCGCGGUCUUCCUCCAAGCCGAGAAGCAAACGGUGGAGCUGUUGACGGCGCGAUCCAUGGUCUUGUACAGCAUUCUCCACGACAUUCCCGACUUUUACGUGGAAAUCAAGAUUGAGUUGACGUCGUGGGUGCCGCUGGUGUCGAGGGCGCUGCCGUCGGACACGCUCAAGAUCUGGAAGAAAGGGAGCAACAUUCGCUGCGACUUUUCCAUCAAGGACUUGCAUAACACGACGUGGAAGCGCGGCCGGCUGUCGCACCUCCUGCGCACAUUUCCCGAUCGUCCAGGCCAAGUGGUGUUACUCGACCACGAUACCCGCACGGCCCAAGACGUGUCCAAGUUUAUCAUGCAUCCGUCGAAAGAAGCCAUCGACACGAGUCUCGAGAUGCUUUACACGUGCAAAAUGUCCACUUAUCACAUGGACAUUGCCAAGAUGCGACUAACCCCAAAGAAGCGCGUGUUCUCGUCCGCCAAAGCGACCGCGGGCGUGGGUGGAAAGAAGUACGAGAUGCACCAUGCCCGCGUCAACCUCCGACUGCGUGGGGCGUCGCAGCCCCAGUGGACACCGAACGACGGCACCACCCCCGUGUCAGCGUCGACCAAACUGGCCAAAGCCAAAACGUUUUUUGCCCACUUGACCCCCAAACAACCCAAUUCAUCGUCGUCUCAUAAAACAACCCUACCCCCCAACACGCUCGUGGUGACGUCGACCGCGCCGUUGGAAAUGCAUCUACAGGUCCAGCCAGGCGACUGCCUGCACUGGCAAUUCACGAGCUCUGUGGCCGCCGUGCAGUGCAAAGCCGUCUUGUGUGCCAACAACGCCAUGGUUGACGUCGUCGCCAACCCGUACGCUGUCGCAGAUCACGGCCUCGUGGUGCUUACGUGGACCAACCCGACCAAGAAGAAGGCGGUGGUGGCCCAUCAGAUUGUGCAUCAACGCCUUUGCGCCCCUCCCGUCGCCACAGAAGACGACAACCAAGUCAGUCCGCGUCGGCAAUCCACCGCGACCGACGGCUUGUCCACGCCGCCGCUGUCCACCAGAGUACCCAACCCCCGCGUGCAAACCACGGCCUUCCAUGAGUACUUUGCGACGGAUCCGGAGCUGCACGAGAGCUUCCGCGGCCUCACGUGCCCGCCGGACGAGCGGUCGUUCUCCAAGGAGCUCAAGGGCACUGUGACCAUGUCCGAGUCGUUUCCGUUCAAAAUGUCCGACUUUUUACCCGUGGCGCAGUUCCUCUCGAGUCGCGCCGAGCAGUUUGACUCGUUGCGUGAGUUCUUUGAAAUGAAGUUGCCCCCGGGGUUUCCCGUGCGGUUCCACCUGCCCAUGCUGCUCAGCGUGCGCGCUUCGUACACGUUUGUAAACGCUGGACCGUGUACAGUACCCGACAGUCACUUUGACAUGGCCGACUCGUACACUAUAACAUAAUAAUACAUUGUCCUUUUACCCAAAA